AUGCCACUUGUCACCACGGGGUUUUUACCCGCCAGAAUCACGCUGGAGGACGUUGCCGGCAUAUUCUUCCUUAUCUUCUGCGCAAUCGUGCAUCGCAGGGUCUCACUGGUCGUUGAUCAGCCGUUCAUAGACGAGAUCUUCCACCUUCGCCAAUGCCAGGUGUACUGCAAGGGCGACUACUUCAACUGGGACAACAAGAUCACCACCCCACCCGGCCUUUAUGUUCUCGGGACGCUCUACGCUCGCGCAUUGCAGCUAUUGGGCAUGGCCAACGCCUGUGACAGCUAUGGCGUGCUCCGGUCCCUUAACUUGGUGGGUGGACUAUUCGUGCUUCCAAGAGCAUUGAGAAAGUUCCGCAACAUCGACAAGGGCCAGUUCUGGACCUAUAACGUGGUAUCGCAAUCCCUAAUGUUUCCCUACUACUUUUUGUUCUACACCGAUAUCUGGUCCACCAUCUUCAUUGUGAUGUCGUUGUCGUGGGCAGUGAGCAGACCUUCUAGCGCUGUCCGCUGUGGUGUGUAUGGCUUCGUCAGUUUGUGGUUCAGACAGACCAACAUUGUUUGGUUGGCCUUCGUGAUGUCGGUAUUAAUCGACCGGAAAAUCGAGACCCAGCACAACGAACAAUUAUCAUUUGGUGCUCGCAUCGUCAAAUUCAUCCAAAAAAUGGUUGAGGAAUGGACUCAAUUGGUCCCUUUUGCCAUAAACUUCGGGUUAUUUGGUGUCUUCUUAGUGGUUAAUGGUGGGAUCACUUUUGGCGACAAGGAAAACCACGAGAUAAACGCACACAUAGUCCAAGUAUUAUACUGCUUCACCUUCAUCACUUUCUUCACCUGGCCGGUGUGGCUCUCCAAACGGGUAAUAACUCGCUACAUUAGCUUCAAUUUUCAAAAUUAUGGGUUCAACUUGUUGUUGAACGGACUCCUGAUGGCUUUGAUCAAGCACAUCAUUGAUAAUUACACUGUGGUACAUCCAUUCCUUUUGGCAGACAACAGACAUUACACAUUCUACAUCUUCAAGAAAUUGAUCAGUCACCGUUACAGUCAAUUUAUUUCUAUUCCAUUGUAUCAUUUCUGUACAUGGAACAUUAUCACAUCUCUAAAUCAAUCUAAAAGACUUAGCUUAAGUCCAAUCACAAUCAUAACAUACUUGGGGGCGAUCUGCCUCACAAUCAUCCCUUCACCCCUCUUCGAACCAAGGUACUACAUCGUGCCAUUGAUUGUGUACCGGUUGUUCAUCAAACCAUCAGGAACUCAAAGGCCCAAGCUAGAAUUUCUUUGGUUGAAUGGAAUCAAUUUGGUGAUUAUGGCAGUAUUCUUCAAGUAUGAGUUCACCUGGAUCAGUGAACCUACUAGUGUACAAAGAAUAAUCUGGUAA